AUGUGGACAUUCCUGAGCAACAGAACUUAUACGACAAUCUUAUCAGAUUAUAGGAAUACACAAACACUAGAUUCGAAGAACUCUAACAGCUGCUGGCAAUUGUGCUGGGCUCUCUCUCCUAUUGGAGUUCAAAUACACCUAGCCCAAAAUCAUGUCUGUCAUGCUCAGCAGACAAAGAAUUGA